CGACAGCCGCCGUUUGCCGGCUGCGCGGGCAACAGGGGUGCCAUUGUGUCUUAUUCAUGGUCCAGAGAGAUCUCAAAAUGAUAGCCAGAUAUGAAUGUCGGCCGCCCAUGGCCGCGGCUCUGGGAGCGCCAUGAGCUCGAACGGACUCGGCCAGUCCCGGACCUUGUCAACGACGAGGAGAUGCCGCUCCUCCCUACCCACAACAACAACACCAACGAUGCAAAGUCCUCCACCUCCGUCGUCAGGCGUCGUCGCCACCUGAUGGCCGAUGUCUCCCGAGACUGGGCAGACGUGGUGCUCGUGCUGUGCUACUUCGUCACCGGCCUGCUCGACAGCUCCUCCAUCUCGGAGUGGGGGUCGUUCGUGUCCAUGCAGACAGGUAACACGGUCUACAUCGGUCUCGGCCUGGCGGCGCCCGCCGAGUCCACCCGGUGGAUCAAAUCCGGCGUAUCGCUGCUGUCCUUCUGCACCGGCUCCUUCCUCUUCAGCCGUUUCCACCGCCUGUGCUCGCCCAAGCGCCGCUGGGUGCUCUGCGCCUCGUUCGCCGCCCAGACGCUGCUCACCGCUGCCGCGGCCGGCGUGGUGACCGCGACGGGGCCGCCGGCCGGCCAGGACGAGAUCGGCUGGCACGUCCUGGUGCCGAUCGCCCUGGUCGCCUUCCAGAGCUGCGGCCAGGCCGUGCUGAGCAGGGCGCUCCGGUACAACGCGCUGACCAGCGUGGUGCUGACCAGCAUCUACUGCGACCUGUUCUCCGACGCCGAGCUGUUUGCCCUGCGCAACGUCGAGCGCAACCGCCGCACGGCCGCGCCGCUGUUCCUGCUGCUCGGCGCGUUUGCCGGCGGCAGGUUCGCGCUGAGCUCGGUUGGCGUCGCCGGCGCGUUGUGGACGGCUGCUGCGCUCAAGGCGGUCGCGAUACUGGUGUGGCUGGUCUGGCCUGCUGAAGCUGAUCCGGUUGUUGCGGAGGGCAGUUGAAGUGGCCGUCCGGGCCACGGGGAGGGUCAGUAUGAGCUCGGCUCGUCAGUGAGGGACUCAUGGCACAUGGCACACUAGAAGUACAGCUGCAAUUUUCCUUGAUGCCACCCACGCCCUUGACUUCCCCUUGUAUCGCCUAUUACCAGCCACCCGUGGCAACCGCCUU